AACUUCCUGCCGCAGAGGAAACUACAAACCAACACUCGCUUCUUCUUUCUCCACUGUGGUCUCGGGCUGGCAGGGAGCCCCAGAUCCCCGAGGCCUCGGCCAGCCUUCCCAGACCCACAUGGGAGGAGAGAUGCCCUGGACCAUUCUGCUAUUUGCAUCUGGCUCCCUGGCCAUCCCCGCACCUGCCAUCUUCCUGGUGCCCCCCUACCCAAGCAGCCCCGCGGAUCCUGUCUACAUCGCAUGCACAGCCCCAGAGGACAUCCUAGGGGCCAAUUUCACCCUGUUCCGAGGGGGAGAGAUAGUCCAGCUCCUGCAGGCCCCCUCAGAUCAGGCUGGGGUAACAUUCAAUGUGACUGGUGGUGGCAGUGGUGGCGGCGGCGGUGAGGCAGCCCGGGGGAACUUCCGCUGUCAGUAUGGUGUGAUGGGUGAGCACAGUCAGCCCCAGCUGUCGGACUUCAGCCAGCAGGUGCAGGUCUCCUUCCCAGUCCCCACCUGGAUCUUGGCGCUCUCCCUGAGCCUGGCUGGAGCUGUGCUCCUCUCGGGGCUGGUGGCCAUCACAGUGCUGGUGAGAAAAGCUAAAGCCAAAAACUUACGGAAGCAGAGAGAGCGUGAAUCCUGCUGGGCUCAGAUCAACUUCACCAACGCAGACAUGUCCUUUGAUAACUCCCUGUUUGCCAUCUCCACGAAAAUAACUCAGGAAGACUCAGUGGCAACCCUGGACUCAGGGCCUCGAAAGAGGCCCACCUCCUCCUCCUCUCCAGAGCCCCCUGAGUUCAGCACUUUCCGGGCCUGCCAGUGAGGCUGAAGAAUGAGGACCCUUUAUCCAGUUCUUUCCCUCCCAGAGGCUGCACAUCUGGCCAGAGACGUGGCAGUAGGGAGGAGUCCAGCCACAGCUUUCUUAGGGAAGGACUGGCCAAAGGAAGGGGACUCCUGGUGUUGUAACCUUCCUCACAGAAGACAAGAAAAUUAGUUGGGGUAUCAGCCUAGAGGCUAGACAGAGCCAGAACCUCUUUGUAGAUUCCCAGAUCACCAGAGGAGUGUCACUAUUGAGUCAGGACACCCAGCCAGGCAUAGGAGGUCUACAUUCUGGACCUUUCUUCCUGUACUUCCUUGAUUGCAACCGACUUCCAGACUGGGUGUUUUAUUUGGGGGAGAGAUGUAUAUAUUUUUGUUGCAGUUGUUUUUAGAUAGGGCCUCACUGUAGAGCCCUGGAUGUCCUGGAACUCACUGUGUGGACCAGGUUGGUCUCAAACUCAUAAAGAACCAUGCCUCUGCUGGGAUUAAAGUUCCUGCCAUAACAUCUGAA